GCGAGGAAUCGAAAAAAAGUGAGAAUUUUUCAAGUGUGUGUUGAGCCACGUUAGCGGUGUUCGGUCUUUAAACCUACGCAUCAACAUCUAUCAUACAUCAACUAUCAGAUAAAAGUAUUUUUUAUCUUCUUUCUGCAGCUGUGAUGGCACAAACAGUACAAGAAACGGCUACAGUGUUGGAAGAGGAAGCUCGCACAGUGACUCUUGUGGCUCCAAAGACAUCGCCAAGGAAAUAUAAAUAUAUAUACACCAACUUUCUUACAUUUUCAUAUGCGCAUUUAGCUGCAUUAUACGGACUUUAUUUGUGCUUCACCUCUGCGAAAUGGGAAACAUUGCUAUUCUCUUUCGUACUCUUCCACAUGUCAAAUAUAGGCAUCACCGCAGGGGCUCACCGACUCUGGACUCACAAGACUUUCAAAGCCAAAUUGCCUCUGGAAAUUGUCCUCAUGAUAUUCAACUCUUUAGCCUUUCAAAACACGGCUAUUACCUGGGCUAGAGAACAUCGGCUACAUCACAAAUACAGCGAUACUGAUGCUGAUCCCCACAAUGCGUCAAGAGGGUUCUUCUACUCGCAUGUUGGCUGGCUAUUAGUAAAAAAACAUCCCGAUGUCCUGAAAUAUGGAAAAACUAUAGACAUGUCGGAUGUAUACAAUAAUCCUGUGUUAAAAUUUCAGAAAAAGUACGCAGUACCCUUAAUUGGAACAGUUUGUUUUGCUCUUCCAACUUUGAUUCCAGUCUACUGUUGGGGCGAAUCGUGGAACAACGCUUGGCACAUAGCCUUAUUUCGAUACAUAUUCAAUCUUAACGUGACUUUCCUAGUCAACAGUGCUGCGCAUAUCUGGGGGAAUAAGCCUUAUGAUAAAAGCAUCUUGCCCGCUCAAAACCUGCUGGUUUCCUUCCUAGCAAGUGGAGAAGGCUUCCAUAAUUACCAUCACGUCUUUCCAUGGGAUUACCGCACAGCAGAAUUAGGGAAUAACUUCCUGAAUUUGACGACGCUGUUCAUUGAUUUUUGUGCCUGGUUUGGAUGGGCGUAUGACUUGAAGUCUGUAUCAGAGGAUAUUAUAAAACAGAGAGCUGAACGAACAGGUGACGGUUCUUCAGGCGUCAUUUGGGGAUGGGACGACAAAGACAUGGACCGCGAUAUAAAAUCUAAAGCUAACAUUUUUUAUGCUAAAAAGGAAUGAAAACUCAAACAAAUAAUAAAUUGUAUAAUUAUUGUGAUAAUUUAGAAAUAUUAGAUGUUCCUUCAUUUACUGAACUUUAACAAUAAAUUAUUUUAUUUAAGUUUCGAGUUUUAAUUGCCCCUCCAUGUUUAGCAGGUACAAAUGUGCUCUGAUAGAUUUAAGGUAUUAAGUGAGGCUUUAAAGUUUAAUCGGGAUUCUGAAGCCUAGUUGACGGCAGUUUUUGACGGGUUACUUUUAACAGGUUAAAAAUGUUACAAAACGACACAUCUGAUCAUAGUUCAUAAUGAUAAUUUAAGUUGAUUUUGAGGCACUUCCCAAUAAGCUGGCAGGCUGAAAUUUCCAUGAUAGCUUCAAUGUCAGUGAAAAUGCAAUUUACCACUAUUAAAACCGGUAGAACGAUUUGAACAUUUGAAAUUGCCUUUUCAGAUUUAUUACGUAAUAAAGAUUGAACAAGAAGUGUUACUUAAAAUGAAAUAUUGUCUAUAUAAUAGACAAGUCCAAUACACCGCUGUCAAAGACUUCUGUUUUGUCAGACAUAUUGAUAGAAAUGUCAUUAGUUAUGAAUUUUAGUUGUUAGCAAUUUACUCUUAUCCAUGUCCAAGACGGCGCAUAUUUUUUUUUGCUUCUGCGACAAAUAGAAUCUACAAAGGUGAUUUUCUACAAGAUAUAUUUAGGAAUCUUUAUAUUAUUAUGUGCCUGCUCAGUUGUAACCGCCGUCGUAAAUGCAUCCUCACGAGAAAUUCUGACAAGUAGACAUAAACUACUGAAUACGGGUAUCGAAACAAAACCUGGGCAAUGGCCUCAUCACGUGUUGGUCUACAGGCUAUACGAUCGGUGGAGGUUGAUGUACCGAGCCUUCUGUGCCGGCUCUAUCAUUGCAGAGACCAGGGUUCUCACGUCAGCGCAUUGUUUCCUUACAAAUAGAAAACAUUUAAGACAUGACCUACGUUAUAUUCGGAUAGCGGCUGGUAUACUUCAUACAAUGGCAUCACAACCAUCAGUUGACGACGUCCAACAAUGGCGUUCGGUCAAACAUCUAUAUUCGCAGAGGUUCUAUCGAUUUCCGGCUUACAACUUAGGAGUGGUGUUAAUAGACAAACCCUGGGUGUUCAACAAUUUUGUAAAUAAAAUACCAAUUUCAUCCACAUUCGGCGAUUACGAUGGCGUUUGUACAGCUACUGCUGUUAAGGCUACCAAGAGUUGGUCAAGAAUCAGGUACUUACACACUGAGGAGGUAGAGAUGAUAAAAAGAGAAGAUUGCGAGAGAAUAUUAUGCAGAAGCUGUAGACUGUUUAUGUGCACUGUUAACGACCUUAGGAGUGAUCAUGCUUUUUCAGAAACCGAAGGUGGUGGUUUGGUUUGUUACGCGACUGGAGAUCCAAACGAAGAAGAUGAAGAUCAAGGUAUAUUGGUUGCUGUAUCUUCAAUCAUAAACAUAGGGCUGCCCAAUCUACACAUGCGCGUCGGUCUGUUUCACCAGUGGGUAACAGACAUGGGCUCCAAAGUGUACGUCAACCAAAUGAUGAUCGUAAUUUGUGUAACUAUUUGUUUAGUUCAAAUCUUUUUGAUGUAAGUGUACGUAAGUUAUAAAAUUUGUUUCAUUUGUUUUUAUCAAUAUAUACUAAUACUAAUACU